UGAUUGUGGGCGGGUGGGGUGGGGGUGGGGCGGGGGUUCAUUUUCGGCGCGGUAAUCGGGGAUGCUCCGUUCGUUCGUCGGGUGUUUGGAUUUUGAAUCUCAUAUUGGAUCUCUCAAUUUUAUUUUCUCACGUUGCAUAGCAGGAUUCGUCUGUCUGUCUGUCGGUCUGUCUGUAUAUCGUUGUCAUCAGCUUCUUCCUCCCACUGCAGUUCGGUGGUGUUCUUUUCUUUUUCUUUUUUGUUGGUUUACUUUUUACUCUACAUACUCUAAUGUUCCUGUGUUUGUUCCGUCCACCACUGUCAGGGCGGAUGGGAUGGGUUGGCUAUUUUACUGGCUGCCGGUUGCGAUGGAUUGAGAUAUCGAUACUAGCACUUUCUUCAGGUGCGAAUCGGAGUUGUGGGAGGGGCCAAUACCGACCUGAGGUACAUACUGUACCUACUGCACACCAUGCGAUGAUGUAUGUAUCCUACAUACAUGAUACCAUAGGUACCGAAGCUACCUACCUAUAGUGUUAGUUCAGUUAUUACCUACACGCGCACGGCCCUGACGCACAGGGAAGAGCUUAGAGGAGGAGAAGGUGGUGGGCGGUGGGCCAUGAUGCUGAACGUCAUGCAGAGAACAUUGCGCAGCAUGAUUCGUCAUCAAAACCUUCU